AUUACCGCAAGGUGUGACCGGAGUGGAUGCUGGGUCACAUGAGACUAGUCGGAGGCAAAGUGGCCUAACCGGGCACCGCCAUAUCACUGGAUGCCGCAACACCGUAGGAAGAAUAAUCAUUGAACACUGGGAAGGGCAGAAUCUGAUUAGUCAGAUGUGGGCACGUCUCUUUAAACAGUGGUCAAACUUUGGUUGGCUUACAUGUUGUCCCUUGUUAAAAUGACCGACGCUAACCGCCUAUUCAUGUGACCUCGAAGUGUAGCACAUGAUCCUGCCCAGCUGAGAGGUCGAGGUAGCGAAAGUUGUCAACGCAUCGAUUGCCGGACUCUCUUGAAAACUUCAAGAUUCAAUUAUCACAUGUCCGAGACUGUACACACAGAAGACCCCAGAUCUUGAGCCAUGGCAUCCAAGUCGUCCCUGCUGAAAGUCAUUCUGCUAGGGGAUGGUGGCGUGGGGAAGUCCUCCCUGAUGAACCGUUAUGUGACCAAUAAAUUUGACACUCACCUUUUCCACACCAUUGGUGUGGAAUUCCUCAACAAGGACCUGGAGGUGGAUGGCCACAUGGUCACUAUGCAGAUCUGGGACACAGCAGGCCAGGAGCGCUUUCGCAGCCUCAGGACUCCAUUCUACCGGGGCUCUGACUGCUGCCUGCUCACCUUCAGUGUGGAUGACAGCCAGAGCUUCCACAACCUGGGCAACUGGAAGAAAGAGUUUAUCUACUACGCAGACGUUAAGGAGCCCGAGAGUUUCCCGUUUGUGGUGCUGGGGAACAAGGUGGAUGUAACGGAGCGGCAAGUAUCCAGCGAGGAGGCAAAGCAGUGGUGCCUAGAAAAUGGCAACUACUCAUACUAUGAGACCAGUGCCAAAGACUCCACCAAUGUGGCUUCAGCCUUUGAGGAGGCUGUCAGACGUGUAUUGGCCAUGGAGGAGCGAGGAGAACAUCUCAUACCAACGGACACUGUCAACCUGCACAGGAAACCCCGCUCUGGCGCUUCCUGUUGUUAAUUGUGUGAGAACUAAUAUAUGACAAAAGAACUGAUGAAAUCCCAAGGACCCCUCCCCCCACUCACACAUAAUAUCAAUGCUUAUUCCAAACCGAGAGACACACUAAUAAGCACUUAAUGGUUUCACUUGGUGACAUUCCAUUGAACUUUACUUACAACUUUUGGGCUGGAGCCUAUGAUCAAUUGGUCAAUGCUAAUAUGAAGGGUAGACCACAGAUCAGUGUAAAAUGUUUAAUUCAGAGCUUGAAAGAAAUUGCUGAUCAGCAUUUGGUGUAUUAUUAUGAUAAAUAAAGCACUAUAUUCUAAUAUUAUAACAGUGAGAGAUUGCAAUACAUAUAUUUUAAUAAAUAAUCAAUUCCUCUAACUAAAAAAAAAAAAUCUUGUUUUGGUGAUGGUAUUUUUACACUGUAGUUGAAAUGUAAACUUAUGGUAUGGGAUAAAGAAGUGCCAAAAUGUAUUACAGAAAUAUUUAUAACAUUCAGUUUGUAAAAGCAUAGGAUUGCAAGGUAUUAGGGUAGAUCACUUUCUAGAAAACUACUGUCCUUAUAGACGCAGAGAGAUUAAAGUAACUAUGACCAAAAAA